UCCACUCGUGUUCGCUGCUCUGUGGAUUGUGCGCCACAGCAGACCGGGACCGGGGCAGACAGUAGCAGUAACGGCAGCAGCAGCAUAUUGUGUGAUACCGGAGGACUACUCUACCCACUCCCUGAGGUUUACUGCAGUUGUUUGCAGACUCAAAAAAAAAAAAAACCCAACAGAACAGCGCAGUGCACCUUUGCGCCGGUGCAUCUCUGAAAUUACCCAGACUAUUGUUUGGCUCAAGGAGCGAUAUUAUUUCCGCGUUUUAAAGCUGCAAAGUCGGACCGUGAAGUCGGUUGUGUUAUCCCCCCUUUCCAAGAGACGCACAAAAGACGCUCGCACUCCCAAGUCCACCUGGAUAGCUGAGGAAGCGGUCCGGUCCGGCUCGAGGUCCAGAGGGGAGAGACGGAGAGGAGAAGUUAGCGCAGAAGGAAAGAGGAAGAAAGAGCGAGAGGAGGCAGGAUGAAUCUCAAGAGCAAUUUGAUUUUCACCCUCUACACUAUUUACGGGAUUCUACUUAAAGUGAUGGCGUCAAAAGGCAAAGCACGAGGUGUCAGCGGUCAGUACCCCCUGGUUCAGAAUAUGACGGUGACAGAGGGUGGGACGGCGAACAUGACCUGCCGUGUAGCGUACAAUGACAACACCUCCCUCCAGUGGUCAAACCCAGCACAGCAGACCCUCUUUUUUGGGGACAAGAAAGCUUUAAGAGACAACAGGAUCGAGCUGGUGCGUGCGUCGUCGUCGGAGCUGACCAUCAGUAUCAGUGAUGUCAUGCUGUCUGAUGAAGGCAUGUACACGUGUUCCCUCUUCACCAUGCCAGUGAGAACAGCCAAAGCCUACCUGACAGUUCUGGGUGUGCCAGAGAAGCCAGAGAUCGACGGCCUGACGAAGCCCGCCAUGGAGGGAGACCACAUCACUCUGACCUGCAUGACUCAGGGCAGCAAGCCCGCUGCCGACCUGCGCUGGUUCAGGAACGAGAAAGAGAUCAAAGGUGCCAAAGAGGUGAAUGCAAGUGGGAAGACAUUCACGGUACGGAGCUCUCUGCAGCUGCACGUGGACAGAAAUGAUGAUGGAGUGGCCUACACCUGCAAAGUGGACCAUGUGGCUCUCACACAGACACCGCAGCAGGCCACUGAAGUACUGGAGGUCCACUAUGCUCCUCGUGUGGAGAUCGUCAACUCUCUUGCUGUCCCUCAGGAGGGUCAGUACUUAAAGCUGGAGUGUGUCUCCAAAGGAAACCCUUCGCCGGAUCCUGUGAAGUGGACAAAGGACGGGGCUGAACUUCCUGACCUGGACAGGAUGAUUGUAGAGGGGAGGGAGCUCACCUUUACUUCACUCAACAAGACAGACAAUGGCACCUACCGCUGUGAAGCCGGCAACCACCUAGGGACCAGCAGUGCUGAAUAUGUACUCUACGUCUAUGACGUCCCCACAACCCUACCUCCAUCCACCACUCCCCACUUACAUCCCAUCCCUCCAGAACCUACCGCUCUAUUAGGCACCCACGACUCAGACCCCACAGUCACUGGCAACAGAGAUCCAAAUGCUGUGGGGCAGCACGGUACUGACCAUGCCUUGAUCGGAGGAGUGGUGGCUGUAGUGGUCUUUGUCACCUUGUGUUUAAUCAUCGUCUUGGGAAGAUACCUGGCCAGGCAUAAAGGAACAUACUUGACAAACGAGGCCAAAGGAGCGGACGAUGCACCCGACGCCGACACAGCCAUCAUCAACGCCGAGGGCAACCACGCACACGCAGAGGAAAAGAAAGAAUACUUCAUUUAGACUGCAGGGGGAGUGCUGCCCAGCUCUCUCCUCCCCUUCUUUCAAUCUCUGUAUCUAUUUUUCUCUCUCCGUCUCCCCCUGUUUUUCUCUACACCUCUCGACACUGCCCCCGCUGGUCAACGAGGGAUCUGCAGGCAGUCCACAGAUGGAGAGGGUCCCCGAGUGUUUUUCCUGGUUUUACCUCUUUUUUUUUUUGUUUUUGUUUCGCCCAUUUCUAUCGUUUACAUCUUUAUUUCUUUUGUGUUUUCUUGGCAGCCGGUGAUCACAGGCAGCUUGAAAUCCCCCCCCCCCCACACUUCCUUAUAUUUUUUCCUUCAUCUUCGACGUGAAUGCCUGGAAGUCUGUAAAUCUACCCUGUCUGCUUCUUACAUGAGACCCUCUUUCCGACACCCAGACACGUACAAAACCCCCCUUUGUUCACACACGACCACAAACACAUAUCAUAUCUCACAUCAACACGGUGCCUAAAAAACACAGUUUUGAACUCCUGUCAAUGCCUUCAUGUAUGGUUGCAAUGUAAAUGCUUCUUCUAAGAUGGUUAACCGAACCAUCGUCUCAUUGCUUAGCUCACGGCUUUUGAUUACGUCUUUUUUUAUUUGAAUGAGAAUCUUUGCUGUUUACGCCUUAUACAUGUCUAUCACACUGAAUACGGUACUUUUAGAUGCUUCACUUCCCCCCGGCCCCUCUCUAAAUAGACUUGUAAUUAAUGACCCUUGUAAGAUAAGGAGAAGGUUUUGUGUAACACUGUAGCAAGGUUUGUCAGAUAAGUGUAUAAUAUGAUUUUUUUUUUCUUACUUUUAGGGUAGAGGUAAUUAAGGGUUGUGUGGUAUUGUUUAGAGCAGAGAACACACACACACACACACACACACACAUAUACACACACACAGAUGCUUAGAUCCAUCAAAUAAACUCAAUCAAGUAUAAAAACCAUUUGCUAAACCUGCUGUCAUGAUGUACUUUUGUCUGUAUAUUCCUGCACUGUCCAGGCUGCAGUUUAGCAAAACACCACCACCUUCAGCGAACACUAGGUUGUGAUUCACAUCAAGGGUUCAGGUGUACAGGAAGAGUCGCUCUCCUCGCUCUUAAAGUUGUAUAAAUUGUAUUGAAAUGAGUUUAGCUUUUCACUUUGGAUCAUUUUGCUUUUGUUUAUAUCACAUUGGGAUCAUUUUAAGGCUUAAGGACCCAACAACAUGUACAGUAAGGAGUAAAAACGGGAUACAAAAGGUACUCAGUAUGUAUUGGAAAUUUGCUGUUAAAUUAAUUUUAAUUAUUUCAAUAAUGUACGUUUGAUUGAAACCUCUUGUAUGUUUGAGGUCCAGGCAGCUUUCUACAGCAGUUUAUGACCACAUUUCUGUUCAUUUCCUGGCCUAUACAUUUGCAUCCAAUCAUAAUAUUACUUAAUGGAAACAGUAAUACAAAUCAGUGUGACCUUAAAUCACAUUUUCUGUUGUUAUUGCCACCUCCAAUUCAACCAGAAUCUUGUAGUUUAUUUAAACUGUUGAUGCGGCCAACAUGAGGUUAAGUCCCAUCUUGGAAUCUACAUACAGUAACUGCUCAUUGUUUUUCUCCAUUUUUCCAAUCUCCAUGAACUGGACUCUGAUUUCCAUUUCAUGGGGUUCUUAGCAAAUCCAAAACAAACAAGGGAAAUAAGGUGUUAGUUCUGGGUCAUAGAUCUGCAGGGGUCUCCUUUCCCAAAAACAACUUCAAACUGAUGACAAAAAAAAGAGAAGCACAAACAUGUCGGAUUGAGUAUCUGUGCUCCUUUGCCAACAACCAGAUCGCCUUGAGAAGGUUAUUUUUAUUCACACUGGUAGUGGAGGAGACGACAAGGACAAGACGACAAGUCUUUUAUUCACUUCUAGAUAAAAGAAAAAUAGAGCGCAUCUCCAUGAAAAUGUAAGUUAAAUCAUGUUUUUAUAUAAAAAAGAAAUGUUUCUAAUAUUUUUGGUUUUAAUGGUUCUAAGCUCCCUGCUGUAUUUUGUGUCUGCUAAAAUGUGGUUGAUUGUGACAAUUUGCUGUUCAAUUCUGGAUCUCUUCAAAUUUGUAUAUUAGCCAAUUUCUAUUUAGUUGUUGUUUUUUUUAAAUCAUUUUUCAUUGCAUCAUUCUUAUUAGGAAACUUUUAAACCAAUGUAUUUUGUUUUGGCACAAGGCAUGUAUAUAAUGAGUGAAAACUAAACUUUGGAAAUACACAUUAGCAUGUUUUGUUUGGUUCUUUUUCAUGUUUAAUUUAUUGGAAUUGAAGAACUCUUAAGAGGCCACAAAGGAAGUCUAUUUGGAACUUAUUUGGGAGGAAUAUUGUGUUUUUGGCGUGCUGUUUGGUGCUACAGAUCAGAAGGAUUUCGGUUGUAGAAUAUUUAUAUAUCUAAGAAAAAAAGAGACAAAACAUAAAAGAAAAUGAAGAAUCUCGUGUCACCUAAUUCUUAAAAUACAAAUUGGAAAUAAAACACAUUUAAACAAGUAAUGAAAUGAAAUAUGAAUACACACUAAAGAACACAAAACAUAUCCACAUUUAGAAUUUCUGUUUCUUUUCAUGUUUCCCCCGCUGUUCGUCCUCUAUCAUUUUGCUGGAAUGUGUUUGAUUUCCUCUCCGGUGAACGAGCGAUGAACACUGUGGCCUCUGGAACUAAAGACUUAAAGCAAGGCACUAAUCUGCUAAGAGGGAGCAAAUUAUUACCAAGGGCAAUAAAAUAGUGGGCCCAGCUGUCUCCAAUUCGACGGCCAAUUUACAACAUUAUGCAAAUAAGGUCAGCGAGUAAGGUCUCUCUCUGCGUCGUAACUCAAUGACUGCCUGAGUGAGUUUGGGAAUCAUAAAAUCGAUCGCGUCAGUUUAGACCUGUCACCUCUGAUGUAGACUUUAGGUUGUUGUGUAUCACAGUUCACAUAGGAAGUUAUUUGCUUUAAAAUUCAGACGCUUUGCCACAGUUUCCAUUUUUAACCAUUCUAGUGCGCUUCAAUCAUUAGGGCACUAUUAACUGGUUUAAUUCUCACCGCAAACCUUCAGUAGAUCCAGACUAAAGGGUUCUAGUCUGGCUCUGGUCUUUUGAAACCUUCUGUAUCACACGUGUGUAUAGAUGCAUAAAUGAAAAUGUUGUAAUGUCUUUUUACUUUUCUAUCUAGUUCUUUUCAUUGUGUCUUAACUCAGCGAAGGUAUCUAUUUUAUUUGUUUGUUUGUUUGUUUGUUUGUAUGUAUCCAUCUUAGAAAAAAAAGGCAAUUGGUCCAAUCCCAUUGUUGAUUCUGAAGUCAGAGAAGUGGGCUGUUUUCUGUUUGGCAUCAGAUGAACACUCAUUAAUAACCAGGUUGCGCUGAUGAGUCGGGGUUCAUGUUAGAAAUGAAACACGUGCCAUUUACUGAAUUAUGCACUCUGAUUAAUUUGAUGGAUAUUCCUUAUUAAAUGGUGAAAUGUCUUCUUUUUUUUUAAUCUUUCUAAAAACCACAUGUAAAUAUCUGUUCUGACAUAACAGUAAUGAGCUAAUUUGCUGCAAAUGGCUUUGUAUGAUUGUUAGACCAAACCUGAACCUUUUUUAUUUUAUUUCUUGUUCUAACAGCCUGGCUCAUACCAUCAUGCACUAUUUGACAAUGAUAGUCUGUGGCUCUGUGACAGCUUGGGGUCAGUUAUUAUCAGUCGUUCUUGUACGUUUUGUUUUUCGAUGGUUGAAACUAAGCUUUAAACUUGUUGCCUCUUUGCUCACCAACACGCAUCUGUUUGGUUGAUUUCCAUAACAUCACAGGCCUCUAAUUUCAUCAUGGUUGAAAAACAGUACAUUAGCUCUGACGUGGAUGGAGUAUCAGGAGUCCACUUUUUUUUAGUCUGAUGUCUUUUCAGUCUGAACAAACCCACUUUGAAGGUGCAGCUGAAGUUAAACAAAGACAGAUGAGGCAGUGAUUUUAGCAAGUUACUACGCUCAGAUUUGUUAAUUAUUUCAAAUUGAUGUUGGCACACAAAGGCCCUUUACAAAAUCCACACAAAUAGCGAUGUAUUUUUAGGUUUUAUACUAAAGGAAGAGACAGUGGUCUGGAGAUCAACGUUAAUCACAUUGUCAUCUUGAGAAAUCAUCCUUUGUUAUCUGAAGCUAAUCCAGCUGUAAUCAUCACAAAACAACGACAAAACAAUUUUUCUCCCCUUUUUAAUUUCAAUGUCUAUCAGAAUAGACAGCCUAUUCAAAAAGGCUCAUUUACUUUGCUAAGCGUAAGAGAUAGAUGUCAGAUGAAUUUCUCCAGUGAAGUAACUUCAACAACAAAAACACAAAUGCAUGCCUUGACUCACUCUAAAUGAAUAAAUUCUGUUCUGAGGUCAUUUUUUUGUCUUCAUGAAGUUGUUAUCUCAGUAAAUUUGUUUUCUCUCUAUCUUUAUUGUCUUGAUAUACCAUCAUAAACUUGGGAUAUUGAAAAAAACAGCAUUAAAAAAUGUUCAAAGUAUG